AUGGCAGGAUUACACAUUGACUUACUUCGUCACGCGUUAGUUCUAGUACUAUGUGGGUCGUAUUUAGUUGGUUCAACAUUUUUAAUACUGAUGUUUGUCCCACCAUUUGCAUUGUUUGGUUGGGUCUUCUUGCCCAUCGUAGUUGGCAGUGUUCUUGUGUGUGCAUAUAGUAUCGCAUGGAUAGUAUAUUUAUAUAAGGGACAAACUGACAGGCCAUUCAAUCUUCCCUACAAUCCCAAGCGUAUAUUUAAAAUCAAUUAUGCUUUCUUCUCCAUGCUAUGGACAAGUAUUAUUAUGUUUGUACCUUUGUUUGCUGAAUAUGGGGAGGAUAUUUAUUAUGGUAGCAGUUCGAAUUCCAAUAGGCUUGAUGUCUAUAUUCCUGACACUUCAAAAUAUCCUCAAAUAUUUGAUGCUGCAUUUCAUCCUGUAAUUGUGUUUAUUCAGGGUGGUUCUUGGGGUUCAGGAGAUAAAAUAUGGUAUAGUUUAUUAGCUCUGCGUUUGAGACAAAUGGGUUAUGUAGUAGUUGUACCGAAUUUUUCUUUAUAUCCUAAAGCAAAGAUUGACGUUAUGUUGUCUGACAUCAAACGCUCUUUGGUAUGGACAAAAAGAUUCAUUAGUAAAUUUGGCGGAGAUCCAAAUAAAAUUUACAUUAUGGCGCUCACCUUGGUUCCCUUAUUACAAUUCGUGAUUCAAUUAUUAAAUCCCAAACUAUGGAGGGAAGAUUAUCAUGUGCCAUUGGGUAGUGAGACUCAUUCAAGUACGGAUACGUUUAUUGUUAGGAUGGCUGGCGUAUACGAUAUAGGAAGACAUUAUCUCUGGGAAACUAAACGUGGUGUUGAGGAAGUUUCCCCGAUGGGCCGUGUGAUGGGAGACACACCUGAAACCUUUGAGAUGAACUCUCCAGCUUUACUUCUUCAAAGUGCAAUGAAAGAUAGAGAAGUUGAUAUUAAUAGGUUAAAGAAGCUAAUACCCCAAAAAAUUUUACUAAUUCAUGGAGAUAUGCUUAAUUUGGUGUUGAGUGAUUUAAACAUUGAAGAUUUAAGACUUAGAAUAAUGACUGGAAUGGAUCAUUCAGAUCCUGUAGUUGGGUUAAUGUAUAGCCCCUUUAGAAAUAGGUUUACACCUCAAUUAACUAGUGAACUCGGAAAUUUUAUGUUGCAGGAUGAUCACGAAUUUGAAGAAUAUUAA